GUCGGGAACUAGGCAAAGAAAGAGAUCGGCAUUCUAAAUCAGAACCCCUGCCAUAAAUCCCCAAUUUCCUCCGAUUCUUCUCCUUCUAUCGCAGCAAUGCCGAGCCUAAUCACUCGCAAUUUGAGCAAGCUAUGGACCGGAGUAGCGAAGACUCCAAUCAUGGCAAAUCAACGGAGUUCCUACAGUCUAAUACCCAUGGUCAUCGAGCACUCGUCGCGAGGAGAGAGAGCCUACGACAUCUUCUCUCGACUACUCAAAGAGAGAAUCAUAUGUAUAAACGGGCCCAUAGCCGAUGAUACAGCACACGUCGUCGUUGCUCAGCUCCUCUUCCUUGAAUCCGAAAACCCUUCCAAACCCAUCAACAUGUACCUUAAUUCCCCUGGCGGAGCCGUCACUGCAGGUCUUGCAAUAUAUGAUACAAUGCAGUAUAUUCGUUCUCCAAUUAAUACCAUAUGUUUGGGUCAAGCUGCUUCAAUGGGUUCUCUCCUAUUGGCUGCUGGUGCAAAAGGGGAAAGAAGAUCUCUUCCUAAUGCAACUAUCAUGAUUCAUCAACCCUCUGGUGGAUACAGUGGGCAGGCUAAAGAUAUGACUAUUCACACCAAACAGAUUGUUCGUGUUUGGGAUUCACUCAAUGCAUUGUAUGCAAAGCAUACUGGACAAUCUGUUGAUGUGAUUGAGAAGAAUAUGGAUCGAGACUACUUUAUGACACCACAAGAGGCAAAAGAGAAAAGGAAAAGUUUCAGAGUAGAAUCUGAAGGUAUCUGGGAAUUUAUGUGCAUCUUCCCUACUUCUGUAGCAAAAGUUGACUCAUACACCCUGUUUUGAUUCAAUUUCAAGUAGAAAAGCCAAUUCUGCACCUUCAACUUUUGUCACUUUGGUCAUUUUGAACAGACUCACAUAGUUUCUUGGCAUUCUCAGUAAGUUUUAAUUUUCAGAUAAGCCCAUUUUAUUGGAAACUUUGUAUUCAUGAAGGAAGAUCUUCGAUAUUAUCUCAAUUUGCUUACAGUUGAAACUUAUGAUAAUA